UCCAGACAGACCACAACAACAGAAAGGACUGAUUUUUCACCUUUGCCUUCAAUUCUGCGGUUUUCCCUGCUUCAUCCUCCACUGGACGUUCUGGCCCAGAGAUGGCUGCCGGCACUGCAGCCGCAACUCUUCUGCCUCCGGUGAAGAGCGUGGUGGUGUACAGGAAUGGAGACCCCUUCUACAGCGGACGGAGGUUCAUAGUCAACCAGCGACAAGUGGCCACUAUGGAGGCCUUUCUAAAUGACGUGACCCAGAACAUCGGUGCUCCACUUGCCGUCAGGACUCUGUACACCCCCAAACAGGGCCACAGGGUCACAGAGCUUCAAGACCUUCAGACAGGAGCCCAGUAUGUUGCUGCUGGCUUUGAGAGGUUCAAGAAACUGGAUUACCUGAACGCAGGAAUGAAAAAGCAGCCCGCUGCCCGUGAAGAAACUCAGGCAAAAAUCAUCCAGAGGCCAAAUGUCUCAGCCAGAUGGAAGAAGUUUAUACCUGUACCUUGCAUUAUACACGUUUUCCGUAAUGGAGAUUUCCUGUGUGCGCCAUUCCGAUUCAUCAUCCCUCGGAGCAUGCAGCAGGACCUGGAGCAGAUCCUGAGUCUGGUCACAGAAAAAGUCAGUUUACGGACCGGAGCUGUGCGCAGGUUGUGCUCUUUGGAAGGAGUGACUGUGUCUUCUGCUGGGGAGCUAGAGACCGGCCACUGCUACGUUGCCGUGGGUACUGAAAGGUUCAAGAAACUUCCAUAUGUGGAGCUGAUGGUUUCAAAAGCCACAGAGAGGUAUUACCCAGGAAAGAGAAGGAUGUUGAGGAGGGCUCAGAACAGGAAAGCAGAAAGCGGUCCAGAAGACCAGUACAGUGACUCAGCUCUCCUCGAGUCCCCAGAGAUGUCAGACGGGCGGAGGGUGAAGUCGACAGGAGACGAAGCUGCGGCUCCACAAGCCACACAGCAGAGGAGCCGGAGAGAAGGAGCCGAUGAGACAUCCAUGUUCUUCGCCAGGCCGGUCAAGAUCCGCAAAAACCGAGGGCAGCCGAGACCACCACUCAGCAACGGAUCUGUCCAGCGCAGCGUGUUUAAAGGGGGAGCACGGAAGAGGAGAGAGGAGGUCAGAGGAGCCGAGGAGGUGCAGGAAGAUGAGAACACAGCUACAGAGCUUCCUGUCGACCAGAGAGUGGCAGAAAUAGUGGAGGAUGAGGAACAAAUCAACACAAAUGAUCUUCUGCACAGCACACAGCAGGCGUCAUCAUCUGAACAUGACGAUGUGGAACAGACGACGUUAACGGAUGCUCAGGAUAUGACAGAAAAUACUGCGAGAGCUGAGGAGUCUGCUGCUGAAAUAUCGGAGCCUGAGCUGAAGCAGACGUCAUCAAAGUCGAGGCCUCUGUCGUCCAACUCUCACCGAGGAAUUCGAGGAAGGAACAAGGAAUUUCAAAGAGAAAAGGAGAGCCCUCGGGACUCCCCAUCAAUAAAACUAGAACAGAACCAUCAUCAUCAUCAGGAAGGAGCAGUGAUUGAUGAGCACAGAAGCUUCAAAGAGCUCACAUCAUAAUAACCACCAACAGCUGAACUACAGCCACAAGCACAGCAGAUAACUUACUGUUUUGAUGUGACCUAUGCGGCUAAAUGAAUGUUAGAUUGAUUGUAUUUUAACUGUGGUUAUGAGCCAAGUAACAACAUUGAAUUUAUGUUGUUGUUGUUUUUUUUUUUUAGCAAUUGUUAGAGUCAAAAAUGUGACCACGCUCAAAUAAGAACACAACAGAAGAUCCACACGAUAUCACGUGCUCUAUUUCUAUGUAUUACAAUUCACUUUGAAAAUGAUCACAC